GGCAGGCACUUUCAUUCCGAUAGUAACAGUAACGCAAUUAGUCAGAAUAUUGGAAGAAACGCAUUUUACUUUGUGUUCAUAAUAAAAUAUAUACAGUGUGAAGAAGUGAUGGAUAGAAUCUUGACAAGGUCAUUUCUGAUUUAAUAUAAUACACACUUAUAAAUUUAACUUAUAUUUCUAUAAAAUGCUGGGCUGUGGUGACCUGAUGUAAAAGUAUUAGUUUGUGUAGAUUAAAAUGUUUUUUUCUCAAGCUGCCAAGGUCCUAUUAAAUAGAUUGUGUGCACUGAAAACUGGACAAUGUUUGUGUGUGGGUUAUGUAUAUAAUUUUUCUUAUUUUAGCAAUUCAAACUCUAACUUGCAGGAUCGUAACCUUAACAGCAAUUAUCAUACGGAUGUCAAAGUCAUGGCCGCAACGGGUAGUGAAGCAGUCUCUUCUCCCAAGGAACAAGAAAAGGGAAAUGGAUUAUUAUUGUACCUGAAUAAUUAUUCAUUCUAUGCUCAAAAGGUGAUCAUGGCACUGAUGGAGAAGAGGUUACCAUUCAAAUCUCAAGUUGUCAACAUAGCAAAGGGUGAACAGUAUCAACCAUGGUUUCUGGACAUAAAUCCUCGUGGAGAAGUUCCAGUGCUGAAAGAUGGUGUGAAAAUAAUCCCAGAUUCUGCACGGAUUAUAGACUAUUUAGAGGACAACUUCAGCAAUGGGGACACACGACUGAUACCUUUGGAUCAAGGGCCAGAAAUCCGCCAGAGGGUCCUACAUUUUCGAAACCUGUUGGAUCCCAUUCCAGCAAACGUAAUCACCAUUGGUUCGUUUUUACAUCCCAAAUUUGUUGGCAAACCAAAAGCACCAUUCAUUGCUCCUGUCAGGAAAGCUCUCGUAGCUGGUGAAGAAAAGAAUGUUGCGAAUCUUCGAAAGCUUGCGGAGAAACAUCCGAACAUCAAGAGAAUUUUGUUGGAGAAGGCAGAAGUUCAAGAGAAGAAGCAUCAAUUGGUAAUGGACGAGGCAUCAUUUGAAAAACUACUAGACCAAGUGGACACAGCCCUACAAGAAGUUGAGAAGGAACUUGCUUCUAGGAGUGAGAAUGACCCAAGGUGGUUGUGCAGCGAACGUUUCACUGUAGCGGACAUCAGCUUGACUAUCCUUCUAGACCGACUUUAUUUGCUGGGGUUAGAGACAAGGUACUGGAGUGAUGGCAAGAAGCCAGGCAUUGCACGGUAUUACGCUCGUGUAUGCCAACGUGAUACAUAUAAACAGACGGUGCCCUCGCAGAUAACUCAUCUCAAGACAUUUUUAGAGAUGCAGCCUGGGCUUGUUAUCGGAACUGUUAUCUUCACUGCGAUCGCUGUCAUCAUCGGGGGCUUUCUCUUCCUCAAGAAGAAAUAGAUGAGUUGGUUACCUCUUGCUAUCAUUCCAGUAGGAGUGCCCCUCACAGUACUUAGACUGAUUAUAAGUUUUGCUGUUCAUUUUUCAUAAAUAAAUAAUUCAUAGUUUGUA